GAAGGCUACUCAAGUCAAGUUUGAUCUCCAAUCACCUGAUCAUAGUUUAACUAUGGAAUCUGUACUUGAGGGUUGUUCUUAUUUCAGAACAGUACUUAAACUGCACUCAGCUGAAUCGAGAUUCAAAUCGCGCCUCAAGCAGAGAAUAUGGCUUGUCUAUGCAUCAGCCUGUUUUCGUUUACAUUUUAUUUUUUUCGCCAACUCUGUUACAACUUACGCAAAAUAAGAAUUUAGUUUAACAUCUAAUUAUUAAUGAAAUCAUGAUUUAAAGAUAAUAUAGGCUUUUUAAUUGCAGGUUUUAUUUAAAAAUGGCAUUUUUACGCCUUAUACGCCAUUAUUUAUACGCCAAUGAUACCAAUAGCAGUUGGUUGUAAUAUCUAAAAUUACAAAUACGAGCGUGUUCGUAGAACGGAAUGUUUCCCGAGUGUAUCGUAUCUGUGGUGGUGGGACACUUGACACUUCUGUUACAAUUUUAUCAAAAUGACUUCAAGAAAGAAGAAUUUUAGUUUAAUUGAAAGAAAUUUACUUAUAGAAAUAUUAAAACAAUUUAAAGAUGUAGUGGAGAGCAAAAAAACUGAUAAUAUAAGCACAGCAAAGAAGAAGGCUGCUUAGGCGCGUAUUGCGGAGAUGUAUAAUGCGUCGACUAUUAUAAAUGAGUCGGCAUCAGGGGAACAAUUAAGGCGCCUUUGGCAAAAUUUGAAGACCCGUCAAAGAGAUGCCCUCACAAGAGAGCGCCAACAUAGAAUGGCCACUGGCGGCGGUAGUUCCUGCCCUGAUGCUGACAUCAACCCUGACAUAGCCGAGAUAUCUCCUGCUCUCUUCGUAGAAAUACAAGAUACUUUAGACUCGGACCACAUCGACUUGCAAACUGUUCAGCAUGUGGACAGUUUAAUAGAAAGUACCUUAUCCCAUGCUGUUGAUUCUCCAACAAGGGAAUCACAAAAUCUAGAAAAUCUGACCACCCAACCAAACACCAUCCCACAUAGCAGCAUUCAAUACGUAGAAUCAGAACUAUCCACAAACGAAAAACUUCGUGCAAAUUUUAAAAGCAGAACAUUUAAACAGGGAAAAGAGAGCAGCCGAACUUCACGAGUUACAAGUUAA